GGCGGUGUGGCUUCUCCCUGAGGCUGAACCGGAAGAGGAACGCACCGCAGUCUCUUCCUGUCGGGAACAUGGCGGCUCCGGGAGCCGGCUCUCCGGCUCGGCUCGUCCAGUACAUCGUGGUCCGGUCGGACCUGGUCCACGCGCUGUCGUGGCCCCUGGGGGCCGUGAUCACCCAGGCGUGUCACGCCGCCACCGCCGCGCUGCACGUGCACCGCUCGGACCCGGAAACGGUCCGGUACCUGGAGCAGCUGGACUCCAUGCACAAGGUGGUGCUGGGGAUUCCAGAUGAAGCCGCCCUCACAGGUCUGUCAGAGACCCUGACUCAGGCCGGUGUUUCCCACAAGCUCUGGAUCGAGCAGCCGGAGAACAUCCCCACGUGUUUGGCUCUGAAGCCGUAUCCCAAAGAGACGGUGCAGCCGCUGCUGCGCAAGUUCAAGCUCUUCAAAUGACCUAAUGAGCAUCCAAAGACUCUGUCGAGGCCUCGGAGGCUCCACUUCAUCAGAACCUGUUCACAAAAUGACCCGAGAGCGUCGCACGGCUCGUCUGUAUGAGAAACUGUAAUCCACAAGAUUAAAAUAAGGGACAAUGCAAAAUGUGUGAAACUGUAUGAAUUUGUUCGGAUUUUACAAACACAAAAUAUACCUUUAGUAAUAUUUAUUGGAGUUUAAUGUUAACAUGAUUCGUUAUUAAUGUGCCACGGUGUCGUGAUAAGUUGUAUUGACACACACACACACACACACACACACACCUACCAUCUGAAGUCUUCCCUCAAGCUCCUGCAAACACACAAGUUGUAAAACCUGCUUCUGAUUAUUUUCUGGAAUCAGUUAUGAUCAUGUUAUUUCUCCUGUAUACAGAAAUACAAAAUGCUUCUGAGAGUAUCUGUUAAAACUCUAAUAAUGAUGUAGUACUCAGUAUUACUGAUUGGUCGUGUGUCUCUUCGCCGCCUGUAGUUUGACGUGACUCAUGAACUCGUGGGAGUUUCAGCAGAUUCAUCAUCGUUUGUUUCGGUUGUUCAUGUUUUGAUAAUUGUGGGUGAGCGAGCUUGAGGGGGGGAGGGAGAGGGGGGGUUGGAGUCUUGACUCACACACGGUGUCUCACUCUAUAAACAUCCUGUAACGUGACCAUGUUUACUGUACGACACGUGCUCCCUCUAAGUAUCAUCACAGUAUCAAGUAUCAUUUGAGCCUGUGUGCCGUCGAAGGGUGUGCGUCACCUGUCAGUCAAAGAAAAGGGAAUCGGAUCAACAUGUGGAUCCAGAAACUUUAGUUUCACGAUGUUUCAUGAUGAAUAAAUCCUUUAUCUGCUC